UAAUUAAGAAGCAGUAUGGCUGAUAAGGAGCAACUAAUGUUAGCCGAUUCUCUAGAAGAUCCUGGACGUGGAGCCCAGACAAAGUCAAAUCCAAACAAGUCAAAGCUACCAUGGUAUUUUGCGAGUGGUUUCCUGCUCUUCUGGGGACUCCUCUUUUUCGCUGUGGUAAUACCUCGAUUUUAUAAACUACCCACGCCGCUGACAAUGGAGGACGCAAAUAGAAAUGUAUUCAUAGCUGAAAGGGCCUACAAUAAUCUUUAUACCCUGUCCAAUAUUGGUAACAAAUUAACUGGCAGCAGGGAGAACGAGGUUGAAGCAGUCAACUUUAUAUUAAAGGAUCUAGAGGAUAUCAAGGAAGUUAUGCUAGAUGACUAUUUCGAUAUGGAAAUUGAUGUCUCACAGGUGUCUGGAGCAUUCCCGUAUAAAACCAUGCUGAACAUGUACCAAGGCGUUCAGAAUAUAGCUGUAAAAUUAUCACCAAAGGGAAGCACCAGUGAGACGUACCUCCUGGUCAACAGUCACUUUGACUCGAAACCGUUUACACCGUCUGCAGGAGAUGCAGGAUUUAUGGUAGUCACGAUGUUGGAAGUGCUGCGCGUGAUUGCAACAACAAAGGAGACCUUUGAGCAUCCGAUUGUCUUCUUGUUUAAUGGAGCUGAAGAGGGUUCAAUGCAAGCAUCUCAUGGUUUUAUCACUCAGCACAAAUGGGCGCCGUACUGCAAGGCUGUCGUUAAUCUUGAUGCUGGUGGUAGUGGGGGGCGAGAAAUUCUCUUCCAGAGUGGUCCCAAUCACGCAUGGAUUGUGAAUUAUUACAAAAACUAUGUGAAAUAUCCGUUUGCAACGACCUUGGCGGAGGAAAUAUUCCAAACAGGCAUUGUCCCGUCCGAUACAGACUUCCGACAGUUUAACAUCUAUGGAAACAUUCCAGGCUUGGACAUGGGCCAAUGUAUUAAUGGAUUUAGAUAUCACACAAUUUACGACACAAUCGAUGCGAUUCCUCGUGGAUCAGUCCAGAACACCGGCGAUAAUGUGCUCAGUGUGGUUCGCGGCUUAGCAAAUGCUCCAGAGCUGCACGACAUAAAAGCUCACCGGGCUGGACAUGCUGUAUUCUUCGACUUUCUUGGACUCUACUUCGUCCAUUAUUCAGAGACAACGGGAAUAUAUUUGAACUUUGGCGUUGCUGGUGCUGCCUUAAUUCUCAUUUUCAUUUCAAUGUGCCGCAUAACAUCUGUGUCCAAUGUUUCCCUAUUCCACGUGACUUGCUGGUUCACAUUGGUCCUGGUCGUCCAGAUUGUCUCUUUUGUCCUCGGACUUGCUCUUCCUGCUGUGGUGGCAUAUGUCUUUGACUAUUUGGGACUUUCGCUAACUUACUAUAGCACCCCGUUGCUGAUAAUCGGCCUUUAUGUGUGCCCCUCGCUGAUUGGCCUCGGCUUACCCGUAACUAUCUACCAUAGGUUGCAGCAAAACGAUAAAAUAUCAAAUGCCUACCAUCUGCAAUUGUCGCUACAUGCACAAGCCAUUAUCCUAUCGCUGUUAACUAUUGGCGCAACACUAUUUGGCCUGCGUUCAAUAUAUAUCUUAGUGAUUCCACUUAUUUUCUAUGUCUUAUCAUUGGCCUUCAACUUGUUGACAACUCUGCACGAUCGCGGAUAUGCCUGGACGGGCGUCCUUAAACUCAGCCAGGUGAUUCCUUUCCUGUAUAGCAGCUACCUCUUUUAUACACUCGUGGUAAUACUGACUCCGAUGGGUGCCCGAGCAGGCAGUGCUAGCAAUCGGGACUUGUAUGUUGCCAUAUUAGCAGCACUGGGAACUGUUCUUUCCUUCGGUUUCUUGGUUCCCCUCAUUAAUAGUUUCCGACGUCCAAGUUUAGUGAUUGUAUCUCUGUUGGCAGUCACAGCUGUCGCCAUCUACUUGGCCAGUAGCACCCAAGUUGGAUUCCCGUAUCGCCCGAGGACCAACGGACAGCGUGUUGCGUAUCUGCAAGUGCGAAACAAGUUCUACGAGUAUGACGGAACUCUCAGCAAGGACGAGUCUGGCUACUUGUUCAAUUUCCAGGAUAGACUACGAGAAAAGCCAUUCGUAGACAGAAAUGCCAAUCUGACUGGACUGGUUAGCAUUAAGUCGCUCUGCGAGGAGCACAUGAUGUGUGGCAUGCCUUUGUUUGACUAUCGCUAUGUUCAGAAUCGCCUUGAGAGCAAAUGGCUUGCCCGAUCUGCGCCCAUCGAGCCAAAAUCAUCAACAGAACUGGAAUUGGUAUCCAAAACCACAGUCAAUGCGACAAUUGUGCGCUUUGUGUUUAAGCUGACUGGACCUUCUCAUAUGAGCUUGUUCAUCCAGCCUUACGAAGACGCCAAGAUCGUCAACUGGUCAUUUUCCCUUAAUUAUCUCAAAUAUCCACCAGCAUAUCCGCUUGCGUUUCACAUAUAUUUCAGAUAUGGCAUUGACAGCUCUCCGCUUACCUUUUGCAUAGAAAUAUCGAAAUCUGAUGGCGAUUUUAAUGUACCUUUGUUUCAACUGGGAGUCUCUGGACAUUAUAUUGGAGAAAAGGGAGAUGCUGAAAGUGAGGAGUUUGCCGCAUCGUUCCCUUCCUAUUCCAUCUUAGCCACUUGGCCUGUUCUAUACCAGCGAUUUAUUUAUUAAUAAACAAAGAUAUUAAACAUUAAAAUAAAUGUGUAUAUGC